AGCUGGGAAACACAUCUCGCCUCUCAGCAUUCCUGCUCACAUCUUUCUCCAGCACUGUGGACUGAAUUUAGCUUAGUUGUGAUGGAGCAGAAGGUAGUACUCAUCACUGGCUGCUCGUCAGGAAUCGGACUCAGUCUAGCUAUCCAUCUCGCAUCAGAUCCAUCCAAAACAUACAAAGUGUAUGCCACCAUGCGCAACCUGGAUAAGAAGCAGCGCUUGCUGGAGAGUGUGAGAGACCUGCACAAUGACACCAUGGCCAUUCUGCAGAUGGACAUCACAGACCAGCAGUCCAUAGGGAACGUCCAGAGAAGCAUCACAGAAGGUCGAGUGGACAUACUGGUGUGUAAUGCAGGUGUGGGGCUGAUGGGUCCCCUGGAAGCCCAAUCAGAUGACAUUAUGAGAGGAAUCCUAGAGGUGAAUUUACUGGGUACGAUUCGCACCAUCCAGACAUUCCUACCCGACAUGAAGAGGAGGAGACAAGGACGAAUCCUGGUCACAGGCAGCAUGGGUGGGCUACAGGGUCUUCCCUUUAAUGAGGUGUACUGUGCUAGCAAAUUUGCCAUAGAGGGUGUCUGUGAGAGCCUGGCUAUCCUGCUACAACAGUUCAAUAUUCAGGUGUGUCUGAUAGAGUGUGGGCCGGUGAACACUGACUUCCUGAGGAACCUGAAGAAGACAGAGGUGAAUGACAAAUCUGUGGAAGUGGACGCACACACACGCCAUUUAUAUGAGAUAUACCUGCAGCACUGCGAGGUCAUGUUUCAGAAUGCAGCACAGGACACUGAUGACAUCAUUCAGGUCUUUAUGGAGGUGAUCCAGGCUCAGUGUCCGGUCUUCAGGUACUACACUAACAGCGCUCUUCUCCCUAUGAGUAGCCUCAAGCUGACGGCACUCGAUGGCUCACAAUACAUCCGAGCCAUGAGUAAGCUUAUCUUCUCUUCUGCUGCGAAUGCAGACACACACAAAUAACAACACAAUUGUUAUUCAUCAUUGAAGUUACAUAAUUAGGACUAGUUCGUUUCAGUUCUAAUUUCUUGGAUGUGAUUAUUAUUAAAGAUCAUGCUCUAUACGCAUGCAGAUGUAUAACCAAAAAAUGUUUCCUACUGAAAUAAAAAUAU